AACCCACUGUUCACGCGCCUCAGGAAGUCUUUCCUGAAGUAAUCUACAGUGUCUGAGGCGUUAACGAUAAAUCGCGGAAAAAUGGUUUAUUUUUCACUGGAAUAGUUACAUUCACGGGUCUACGGGUUUUUUGUUAGAACUGUUUCCCACCAUGUCUUGCCGUGACAUCCACGCCACAAAUGCGUUUGCUUUCAUCAUCGCCCUGCUCGCAGUGGGUGGAUUAGCCAUUGCUACAGUCAUCCCUCAAUGGAGGACAACACGUCUUCUCACUUCUAACCUCAACGCCAAGAAUAUUACCGUGUACGAUGGACUGUGGACCAAAUGUGUCCUACGAGACGGUUUCAGCGGGUGUUACUACUUUGACACAGAGUGGUAUUCCAAAGUAGACCAGCUGGAUCUCAGGCUGCUGCAGUUUUGCUUACCAACAGGUCUGUUCUUCUCUGGCCUGGCACUGCUGCUCAGUCUUACAGGCAUGUGUAAGACGGCAUGCUGCUCCCGAACCCCAGAUGAUAUAAAGUCCAGCCGCUGUAUAGUGAACAGCUCAGGCUGCCACCUGGUGGCCGGGAUGUUCCUCCUGCUAGGAGGUGCCAUUGCUAUGCCACCAUCUAUCUGGUUCCUGUUCCACACUCGUGAGUUGAACUCGCGCUAUGCUAAUAUUUUCUCCCCAGAGUUUGCAGUGUACGUGGCUAUUGGUAGUGCUGGCGGCCUUGUGUUCGCCGCCCUGCUAAUGUUCAUGUGGUACUGCAUGUGCAAAAAGCUGCCCUCGCCCUUCUGGCUGCCCCUGCCUGAGCAGCCCGCCAUGAACUGCAGCGUUUCUACUCAGCCUCUACUGACCAACGGCCUGCCAACACCAGUUACCUAUGCACCUCAGAGCUUCCCCCCUGCUGUUCUUGAUGCUCCGGCGUUUGUGCAAGCCCCGGGAUACCCACAGCCCAUGCAAGGCCCACCUGUACCACCUCAGGUAUAUAUGGGCCAGAUGUCCAUGCCGGAUGGAUACGGGUCAGAAGCAGGAGCCUCACAGGCUUAUGGUUACGCCCCUUCGCAGAGUUACGCCCCUUCGCAGAGUUACGCCCCUUCGCAGAGUUAUGCCCCUUCGCAAAGCUACGCUCCAUCCGUAAGCAUUGCCCCUUCUCAGAGGUACGCUGGACAUCGCUACUCCACACGAUCACGCCAGUCAGCAAUUGAAAUUGAUAUCCCCCUCCUGACAGAGUGACACUGGAAGAAAGAAAUCCGCCGUGUCCUUCAGUGUGGCUCAGGAUCACGUACUAAUCCCACUUACUGUCAGAACAAGCAAUAUUAAUAAAAACAGAUACAUCAUAGAUAAUAUACUGAAAGUAAUCUCUGUGAGAUAAUUUAGGAAGAAUUGGUCACAGAUGACACCUUUAUGACAACAGAGAAUCUGAUACUACAUAAUAAGUA